CCACCAAGAUGUCUUAUCCACAACACAUUUCACACCAGAAUGCCUACUUCUGUAUUAUUUUUUAAUUGCUUCUUGGACAUUCAAGACACUGUGUGCCAUUUUUAUCAAAUUCCCACAACAACAGGACCUGUUGUUUGUUUCACACUCCUCCUCAAUCUCACGCUUUAAACGCUGAAGGGACACAGACGUUAACAGCUAUGACGACAAUCAACCCGCAGACACUUGCUCCAGAAUCCAAUGCCUUUGGCUACUAUCAAAACAUGUGGAAUCAUCCAAAUAACUAUUUUCCUUCAAUCCAAGGAGGUCCUUUCUGUUAUCAGAAUGAGGCAGCACAGACGGUGGCAACAAUGGCUAUGCCAAGUACGCAACCAACACAAACUAUGCCCAUGCCAUACUGCACAGAGAGGCAGGAUAACUUGCAGAUGCAAUUUGCUCAACCACUGGCAGGUGAUAUGACAGCCACACAGUUACAAUACGCUAACUCCAUCCUCCCGCAGGGUGUGGCACAGGGCAGUGGUCCUCGUAACCAAUCAGAGCGCAGCUUGAUGAAAAACAGGGAAGCUGCUCGUGAAUAUAGGAGGAGGAGAAAGGCCUACGUGCAAGGCUUGGAGGAACGUGUGGCCAAGCUCGAGAAUCAGAAUAAAGCUCUGAAGGAGGAGCUUAAAACAUGGAAAGAAAUGUGCCAUCAUAAUGGCCCAUAAAAAAUGGCUGCAUCGCCAGUACGUUUCAGUUAAUGUACUAAGAUUUAAAAAUGCUGCUAUGUAGGACGAAAAAAAGAAAGGAAGUUUACAUCUUAUUGAUGAUGCUGAGUAAGGGGUUCAGAAUCCAACUGAAAAAUAGUCGGGGUGGGUCUGAUGAGGAACCUGGGUGAAUAAACAUGUCAUCUUUCACAAUACUCGACCUGCUCUGCUGUCUCAAAUGCACAUAUUGUUAAAGUGUAGAAACUUUGUACUAUGAAUUAUGUACUAUGCUGUAUGUACUAUGCUGUAACACAUUUUCACUAAAUUGAUAUGUAUAACUGCCAUAAUUAGAUUUUAGCAAAAUUUUAUUUGUAUGUUCUCUGUCUCUCUUUAUAUAUUUACUGUACAUAUACAGUACAUGUUGUGUUUUUUGUCAAAUUCGUAUUUUUUGUAGUUUUCCCUUGCCUCUCAUGUUGGUCAUUUUCACUGACCAAGCCUAGAUUAUCCCCAGACCUGUUCAGUCAAGAAUUGAAAACUGGUGUUAUGAUCUCAACGCUGCAAUAAAAUGUCAUUACAGAUACAAGGAAAAAAGAGAACGUGGUUUAAAAAAUAAACUGACAUC